GGAAGGAAAAAAACUCCUCUGCCCUCGCGUUUCUCGUUCCCGUCGCGUCAGUCUCGUCUCGUCCGUCUCUCUCUCAGCAGCCAUGGCGCCUAGGGUUUGUGCCACCAGCGCCAGCCAUGGCCGCUCACUCCAUUCGUAGGAAACAUGUCCCCAUUCUGAGAUCCAUUGCUGCCCUCCAUCCCCACGCGCCCACGGAUCAGGAGUGGUCGUUCUCAGCCAUUUACAACCGCGUUUCAGGAGCCGUAUUUCGAGAUCGUAUAGCGAAGAAUCGCUCGUUCUCAGCCACAGAUCAGGAGUGAUCGUUCUCAGCCACGGUGCAUGGAUGUAGAGUGGUCAUUCACCAAAGGCCGACAUACCCCUACUACCCUCCAUUCCGAGAUUGGCAGCAGAUCAGGAGCGAACGACGUUUGUAGCCAGUCAUCACUCCACUCAACGCGGUCUGCAGUCGAUCAAGAGCGUAGCAGAAGUUUCAGGCCUAAUCUACAUUUUUGGCUUCUUUGUAUCGUGGCUGCUGAUGGUUCUUACAAGCUGAUGGCUACUGAUGGUGCUUACAUUUUCCGCUUCUUUGUAUUUGGAUUUUGAAUAUUGUAGUGAAGGUUCACAUGAGGAACUCUUGUAUGAACUUUGGAAUGGUUAACUUUGGUGUACCUUGUGGCAAUUAGCCUUUUAUGAACUUUGGAAUGUUUUCAUUC